GUCAAAAGUUAAGUUUACUGAAAUAUGCACGAAAUGCUGCCCAAGAUUGUAAAGUUUUCUUUGAUAAUGGUUUUUGCAAUGAUAAUUGUGAUAACCAUGCGAAUAACGCUGCCCACAAUCUUAAGCUUGAAGGAACAUUUAUACUUCAGAUCAAUGAAAGUGAUUGUGAUAAAAGUUUAUAUAUCGCUGACUGCAGCAAUAUUGCUUGAGAUGUUGGUUAUAUAUCUGAGCAUAAGUUUGAUUUACUUGACAAGUGAAUGGAUUAUUGCAGUGUAUAUACCUCUGCUAGUUUAUUCUUCUUAUCGCACUUUUAAAACUUUUGUUUGUCGCCUUGCCUAUCGCAUAAGCGACAAGGAAGCCAAACAAUUUCUAACCGAUCAUUGGCAUAAUUUUGUGGAGCAUGGCAAUGAGUUCUGGAUUGAGAUACAGCGAAAGCUGAAAUGUUGUGGCUUGGAUGGACCAAGGACUUAUUUGGAUUAUUUGCGCAGAGUGCACAAAUCUUGCUACGACAAUCAAACUGAAGAAGGAGAACUAAUUAAAAUUGGUUGCAAUGAUGUUGUCUACGAUCAAUUUCAAGCUGUUAGAUUAUUAGCAAUUGCACUUUGUUGGUUUGUGCUUUUAGUGCAGUUUAUUAUGCUUGCAAUUUAUUCAAUUUUUCUCUUAAAGAAAAGUCGCAAACUUCGAUUUUUGAGAACUCGAAAGCGCAAAUCUCGUAACAACUUUAUUCUACGCUCCUUUAAUCGAAACUAAGCCAAUAAAGUCAUCGUCUUUUACUAUUAA